AUGUCGUCGAUAGACAUUGCGGUAGGUCAACGUUACGAUAGUAAAGACGAUUUAGAUAGACGACUGAAACUUCUUACAGUGAGGUAUAAAUUUGAUUUUGAUGUAGAAACAUCAACUCCGACAUCAUACGUUGUUAAGUGUUGGGUUGAUGGAUGUCUUUGGAGAGUUCGUGCUUCUACCCCAGGAGAAUCCAAGGCGUUUUUUGUUCGUAUUUACGAUUCGAAGCAUACAUGUUCCUGCACAGAGCGUUCUAAUCGAUCUCGACAAGCAACACCAGAUAUUUUAGGUAUGUUGUACAAGAACUUCGGCGACGUUGGUCCGGCCGUUCACCCUACGAGCGUCGGAAUAGCUAUCACUAAGCAGUUUGGUAUAAAGAUGGAUUAUUGGAAAUCAUACCGGACGUUGAAAUUUGCAAGGGAAAUCGAUGAGGGAACACCUGAGUGUGGGUUUGAAAGCUUGCCUUCUUACUUAUACAUGAUAAGAAGGGCAAAUCCGAGUACAGUGACGCGUCUUCAAAUCGAUGAGCUUGGAAGAUUCAUGUAUGUGUUUCUUGCCUUUGGUGCGAGCGUUAAUGGGUAUCCUUUCAUGCGCAAAGUUGUUGUAGUUGACGGUACGUUUCUCAAUGGUAAAUACAAAGGGACGCUACUCACAGCACUAGCUCAGGACGGUAACUUCCAGAUUUUUCCAAUAGCCUUCGCAAUGGUUGACAGAGAAAAUGAUGAUUCGUGGCAUUGGUUUUUUACGCAACUAAAACUUCUGAUUCCUGACGACGAGGGUCUUGCGAUAAUCUCGGACAUGCAUAACUCGAUAGGGAAAUCAAUUAGAAAUAUGUAUCCGUUGGCUACUCGGGGAAUAUGCACCUACCAUUUAUAUAAGAACAUAUUGGGACGGUACAAAGGAAAAAAAGCAUUCCGUCUGGUGAAGAAAGGGGCAAGAUGUUUUAGGAUGUCUGACUUUACUGCGAUUUUCGAGGAGAUUGAAGCGAUUCAUCCUGCACUCCACAGCUACCUCCAAAGAGCUGAUGUCCGCCUGUGGACGUGUGUUCAUUUCUCGGGAGAGAGGUACAAUUUGAUGACUACAAACAUAGCGGAAUCAAUGAACAGAGCAUUGUCGCAUGCAAGAGGUCUAAACAUUGUUCGAAUAUUAGAAUCGAUACGGGUUAUGAUGAACGGAGAGAGGAUGCCAGAUCGCAGCCAACAACGCUUACGCGUGGUGUCGAGAAACUACUACAUGUAA